GAAGUUAGUUUAGAAGAAGAAGGAUGUGUGAGUCUGGAUCCUGGCAUUCCCAAAAGGAUGUUUUUGAGCAGAAAAGACACUCUGGGGCUGGGAUGGGAUAAAGGGAAAUGUCUCAAAAAGUAGACCCUGGAUUGCUUCCCCACUGUCAAAAACAAAAAAGCCCUCACAAAAUCUCACAGAAAAAGGAACAAAUUUGACAAAGCCAAGUAGACACUUGUUUUAUUUACUUAUUUUUCUCUUGAAACAUUUCAUUAAAGAAAAAAGAUCUCAUCUGCUGUAUGGAGAAUGGAUUGGAAAAGAAGGGAGAGACAACACGACAGGAAGCAGUUACAAAGCCCAGAGUACCUUUCAAGAAUGGGGUGCAUGUGGAAGAAGCUUUAGAGGCUCAAGUCUGAGUGAUAAACGCUGUUCAGUUUCCGUUGAAGUCUUUGAAGAUGAUGUGAAGAGAUAUGGGCCUGGAGUCUUUAUGAGAAAGCACAGAGAGCUUUCACACCAGCCCCUGCAACCAACCACUGAUCACCUCGGAUAUCUGGGUAGAUACCUAGGCAGGAGAAAGAAGACACUCCUAGAAGGAGCUGACACAGGAUAACAGCAUGGAAGGGAAACCCCAGGAGAGCAGGAAAGGUCUCACCCACAAAGCUGUCCCCCGGGUAGUUGGCCUGCUACUCACCAUGGCCCUCAUGAAUGUGCUUCUUUACCUCUGCCUCAACCAAUUUUUCAUUUCCCUUCAACGAUCUACCGAGGACCCCAGGUCCUGUCCUUAUGGUUACUUCAGAAUGGGGCAGAUGAAAAACUGCUCUCCCUGGCUAUCCUGUGAGGAGCUGAGGACAGAAGUGAGGCAGUUAAAGCGCACUGGGGAAGGAGCUGUGAAGAGAGUAUUUCUAUCUGAGUGGAAGGAACACAAGGUUUCUCUCUCACGGCUCAGGAGUCUGGAAAUGAAAGAUGAUUUCCUCCAUGGACUACAGAUGCUAAAAUCUCUACAAAGCAAACACAUUGUCACGUUGCUUGGCUAUUGUGAAGAUGACAACAGUAUCCUUACUGAAUAUCACCCCUUAGGUUCUUUGAGAAACCUGGAAGAAACACUAAAUCUUUCAAAGUACCAAAAUGUGAACACAUGGCAGCACAGGCUGCAGUUGGCAAUAGAGUAUGUCAGUAUCAUUAACUACCUGCACCACAGCCCUCUGGGCACACUGGUCAUGUGUGAUUCUAAUGACUUGCCCAAGACAUUGUCCCAGUAUCUGCUCACAAGUAACUUGAGCAUUGUGGCAAAUGACUUGGAUGCCUUGCCCCUGGUGAACCACAGCGCCGGAAUGUUGGUGAAGUGUGGCCACAGGGAGCUUCAUGGGGAUUUUGUGGCUCCGGAACAGCUGUGGCCCUAUGGAGAGGACAUACCUUUUCAUGAUGAUCUUAUGCCUUCCUAUGAUGAGAAAGUCGACAUCUGGAAGAUUCCAGAUGUCUCCAGUUUCCUUUUGGGUCACGUUGAAGGGAGUGAUAUGGUUCGAUUCCAUUUAUUUGAUAUUCAUAAGGCUUGUAAGAGCCAGACUCCUGCAGAAAGACCCACUGCUCAGGAUAUUCUGGAUACUUAUCAGAAGGUUUUUAACUCACUCAGAGAUACUGUAAGGUCUCAGACAAGGGAAAUGCUAUAAAACCCAGUCUAGUUGUUCAAGGGUGGGAUUUAAAGACUGAAUCAAAAUUACAACAGUUCAACUCUGAUAAUGGAGGUUGUUGUUUGAACUUGGGGUUUUCAUUGUGUUUUGCUGUUUGGCCAUGUGCUUCUUUUUCUACAUCAAUUUGCACAUUUGAGUGUGUUCAUGUCUCCUGACAGCUCAAGUGGGAACAAGGGCAAAGCAGAUCUGAUUUAAACAUGACUUCACAUUUCUGUGGACACUUGCUUUUUGGUAAAGAUGUAGAGAAUCAAUGAAGCUACCCAGUAUCUGAAUUAACUAAUAAAAACAUGUAGUCAUAAAGAAUCCUUACAUAUCCUAAUAAAGUUUGUAAGCUCUUAAGAAAUAUUAAUAGAGAUUUUUAAAUGGUGCAACAUGAAGUAAGUAUAGUCAUUUAUCAAAGAACAACAUUUUUUCUUCCCAAUUUAAGAAGUGCUGAGUACAUGAAUGUAGGCAUUCACACAGUGAGACCAAAGGAGGACACUCUUAGGGGAGGAACACAAAGGCACAAUGCCUCUGUGCCUCUGGUCAUAUAAAAUAUUAUCAAAUUAUUAUUAUUAUUAUCAAACCCUAGCAUAAUGGAAACAAAUUUUGUUUUUCUUUCUUUGCCUUUGUCUUGUUUGUUCCUUUAUCUGCCUUUGGGGUGGGAGAACACACAGAAAUGGCAGGACAUAGGGUAAACAAUUGCAGCUGUGGAACUUAGUAAACACUAUGUUGAACUCUGAAACUUGUAGGCAGGGACAGGAGGGAAAAAUGGAGAAAGCAAGGAAAGGGUGACAUUAUUUAAAAAA